AUGGCGGUGUUUCACGACGAGGUGGAGAUCGAGGACUUCCAGUAUGACGAGCACUCGGAGUCGUACUUCUACCCCUGCCCAUGCGGUGACAACUUCUGUAUCACCAAGGAGGAUUUGGAGAAUGGGGAAGAGGUGGUGACGUGUCCCAGCUGCUCUCUUGUUAUAAAAACGAUCUAUGACAAGGACCAGUUUAUGUGCGGAGAGACCGUCCCAGCCCCUUCAGCCAACACAGAAUUAGUUAGAUGCUGA